CGCGGGCCAACUGCCUCGUCUCGUCACCGGCCGCCGGCCUCGUCUCGUCACCUCCGCUCCCGCGCCGGCCACCGGACAUCCCCUCCCCACGCCUCGAGCCCCCCCCCCCCCCCCCCCCCCCCCGACUAUAAGAGCUUCUAGAAGCUUCUUCCUCACUUCACUGCGCUGCGCUCUCGACCUCUCGUGCCCCCACGCCCCCCACAGGCCGGCCGGCAGCCAUGGACGCCCACCGCGACGAGGAGUCCGCGGCGUCGCCGCUCAUCGCCGCGCCGGCGCCGGCGGCGGGCGGCCGGAGCCACGCCGCCGACGCGCACGUCCUCUCCGCCGCCUUCCUUUUCGUCUUCUCCGCCUACGGCGCCGCGCAGAACCUCGAGACCUCCGUCAACACCGAGGGCGGCCUGGGCACAGUCUCGAUGGGGAUCCUCUACACCUCCUUCACGCUCUUCUCCGUGGCCGCGUCGCCAGUGGUCACGCGGGUGGGGCCCAAGCGCGCGCUCGUCGUCGGCAGCAGCGGCUAUGUGCUUUUCAUCCUCGCCAACCUCGUCCCGAAAUGGUACACAAUGGUGCCAGCUUCUCUCUACCUUGGUUUUACGGCAUCGAUCAUUUGGGUUGGGCAGGGUACAUACCUUACUUCAGCUGCCCUCAGUCACGCAAGAGAAAAUAAUUUGCCCGAGGGUCCAACUUUAGGGAGCUUCAAUGGGGAGUUUUGGGGAAUGUUUGCUAGCACACAGGUCAUUGGAAAUUUGAUCUCGCUUGCUCUACUGAGAAAUGGAAAGGAUGGUGGAAGUGUUACCGGAAAAAAUCUGCUAUUUGCUGUGUUUCUUGGCUGCAUGAUUGUGGGCAUUGUACUAAUGUGUUUACUUUCGAAAAGAGAUGAGAAAAGAGAUAAUGCUCCCACACAUUCCUCAUUUGGAGCUAUGUUGAAAUAUAUUGUUGCCCCACUUAAGGACCGAAGAAUGCUUCUUACCAUCCCUCUUAUUGCAUAUUCAGGUUUACAGCAGGCAUUUGUAUGGGCGGUAUUCACAAAGAGUAUUGUAACACCUGUUCUUGGCAUCAGUGGUGUUGGUGGAGCUAUGGCAAUUUAUGGUGCAGCUGAUGUAGUUUGUUCGUUGGUUGCUGGACGCUUGACUUCUGGACUUCAUUCAGCAGCAUUUAUAGUGUCGGUGGGAGCAAUUCUUCAGGCCAUUGUCCUAUUCUGGUUGCUUCUCUUUUACAGUCCAAUGGCUGGACUGCUUGGUGCGGCGAUACCUCUAUUCAUAGGCGCCUUAUGGGGUGUUGGUGAUGGUGUCUUGAAUACACAAUUAAGUGCACUACUUGGGCUGCUGUUCGAAGAUGUCAAGGAGGCUGCCUUUGCACAGCUGAAGGUGUGGCAAUCAGGCGCCAUUGCAGUUAUCUUCUUUCUGAGCCCAAACAUCACACUGCAGGCCAUGCUUAUCUUGAUGACCACGUCUCUCUUCAUUUCCUUUGGCUCAUUCCUGUUCCUUACCCUUGUCGUCGAGAAGUCAUCGACUGCCAGACCUUGAGGCAAGACCAUUUGCUGAUGUCCAAAUCGGCUCCAAUGUAACUUCGUCAGUAUUACCAGUGGCCUGUGCAGCCCCAUGUUGUAUUCAGUAUACGCCAGUGAGAUGAACGGGAAAUGCAGCACCCAUCAGGUGCCAUCUGUGGCACCAUGUUACACUCCACCAUUGGUUUCAGCCAUUUGCUGAAGCGAAGUUGUAGCAGGCCGCAAAACGGGGGAGCCGUCCGUCGGGCUCGCUCCCAGCUUGCUGGUACUGGUCCUCUCCUUUUGCUUCUCUGCAGCAAUGUCAUAGGUAAAAAAAAAGUUUACAUUGUAAGAAAUGUUCUUUCGUUUGGACCACAGGAACUUGUAAACCUCGCACAUCCAAUGAGUGUGAAUGCUUUUCUGUUCAACAGAGUGAUGAUCAUGAAAUUCUCAUGUUCGAAAA